GUUGACUAAUCGACUUCUUUGCAGCGCUUAAAUAUAGUCGAAACGACUGACUUCUGUCUAUCUAGCCCCCCCAAGUGCAAGACCUUUUUUCCGUCAUCAGCCAUGUCAGACGCUGAAGAAAUCAUCACUGCUGAAGCACCUUUCGAUGACCAAAACUGCGAUAUCAUCAUAAAAUCAACAAAUGGUGUAAACUUUCAUGUUUACAAGCUUGUUCUUUCACUCAUGUCACCCGUAUUCAAAGACAAAUUCAAGAUCACGUCACCACAGAGCGAAGCACAUUCGGAUAAAUCUAUCAUAACUGUUGCCCAGAGCAGCACGCCGCUUAGAUCCCUACUUCUCCUUUGCUACCCUGCCGCAACCCCAACAUUUGACAGUUUGGAUGAUGCAAAGGCUGUCCUAAAAGCGGCCAAGCAGUAUGAUAUGCAAGCAGCCCUCAGCCGCGCAGGGGACCUCAUCAUGGCCCAAUUCCUACCAGAUCACAUCCUCGACCUAUACGCUCUUUCUUGUCAAUUCAGAUGGCAGAAUCAUGCUCAGACCGCUGCUACCCGCGCCCUUGAGAUCAAGGAUCUAGGACGACCCAGCAAUGGGUUUCAUGGUUUGCAAGACAUCACCGGUGCAGAUUACCACGAACUCCUCGUAUACCAUUAUCGAUGCGGCGUCGUAGCUCAAGAAGUCGGAGAUUCUCUUUCCUGGCUACCGCCGUCAUCCACAAAAAUGCAAAUGUGGAAAUGCAAAUGCAGACUCGUGGGCGAUGCUUAGAAGCUCCAGAUUGGUCAUGUCAGCGAGUUGAAAAUCGUCUCGUGGUUCGAAGAGUAUUUGGUUUCGAGUGGGAAGGAGUUGUUGGCGAGGCCUUGCGAGUCGACCAUAAUGGAGUCGAAAUAUUACAAUCGCGCUGUGAUCGAAGCGGCAAAGUGCGAUGAUUGCCGAAGCAAGGUCAUCGAAGAUAUGGAUAGAUUCCGCGCUUUGUAUAUCGCACAAGUU